AUGCUGCCGCCACUGGGUGAUACGGCCCAGGGUUCGGCGGGGAGUCGUGAUGGACCUCCGGAGGCAGGUGGUGAUCGGAAGCGCAUUCGUAUCAGAGCAGUGCAGUUUGGCAGCUACAACCUUGAUUAUCAUGAUGAAGAUGUGAGCCUUGAUUAUCCUGAGCUUGAGUGUGGUGAGCUUUGUGAACAAAUCGAAGCAGAGAUGGAGAGUGAAGUCGCAGCGGCAGGUGAGGACGUUGUGAGUGAGGGCACCGCGGCUCCGAACGUACAGGGCCCUCUGAGUGAUGCAUCACUUCACGCGUCCGAUUUGCAGACUUUGGAGGAGUCCCUUGCGCGCGUCUGGGUGAACCAGUCGGAAGGGCUUGAACAGGUGUGUGCCAAGAUGGCCAAGUUCAAACACACUUCUUGGGAGGUUAUGAUCAACGAGGAAAGAAAUCUUGCCGUGAAUAAGUGGCUCAGCCUGGUCAUGGUCGAGCCCUUGACCUUCGGUGUAGCUAGGAACUUCUACGCCGGCAAGGCGUCGGGGAUCUCUUCGGGAUCACUUGCUGACAGCAUUUCGGAUUGCCUUGCUGCCAAGGCCACUUCGACGAUCAAUGCCAGGGCUAAUUGCUUGUUGCGGUUUGUUUCUUGGGCAAAGGGGAACAUGCCGUUUGUUUUUCCCUUGACCGAGCACGCUGUAUAUGCAUACUUCGAGGAGAAGAAAUCGACAGCAGCCGCGACAUCGUUCAGGAGCCUUCUUUCUUCCGUUGCUUUUGCUCAGCAUGUGGUGGGCCUGGAAGGGUGUGACAAGGUUUACACUUCGGGUCGCGUCCGCGGCCUUGCGUCGAAGCUUUUCAUGCAGAAGAGGAAGCUCAAGCAGCGGAAUCCCCUCAGGGUCUCCGAUGUCAUUCUUCUUGAAAGGAUUUGCUGCAAGCUUGAGAACAGGUCUUUGCAGGACCGCAUCGCUGCAGGCUUCUUUCUUUUCUUGAUCUAUGCAAGGGCUAGAUACAGUGACGGGCAAAAUGUAGCAUCGCUGACUGACUCGCCGCUCUACUUGGAGUGCAGUGUGGGCAGGUCCAAGACGAGUUUCACUUUGGAACGCAAGACCAGGUACUUGCCGAUGGCUGCCAGGAAGGUGGGCGUCAGUUGUGCAUGGGCCGAUGCUUGGCUUGAGGCUAUGGCAGAAGCGGGUCUUACGAUCAAGAAGAACGACCCGCUGCUCCCCUGCCCUUCCUCGAAUGGUUCUUGGAAGAUGGUCCCGCUUCCGUGUGAUCAGGCGUGCUCGUGGCUCAGGAGCCUGCUGGGGAACGCUCAGAGCGAUCCCUACCUUGCGAAUGUGGGAACACAUAGCCUUAAGAGAACUUUGCUGAGUUGGGCAAGCAAGCGUGGUCUGCCCAGAGAACAGAGGGCCCUCUUGGGGUAUCAUACGUCCCGAGCCUCGGGUGCGGGAUCAGAGCUGAUCUAUGAGUCCGAUGCCCAGUCGGCUCCGCUCAGGGCUUUGUCAUCUAUGAUCGACGAGGUCUCGUCCGGGACUUUCAAGCCUGACAAACCAAGGGGGCAGCAACUUGCUUCCGAGCUGUCGGCAACUGCCGACCCCCCUGGCGAUGAGAUCGAGUCGUCAGACUCUGAGGGCUCCGAGGACGAGGAGGAGAUCGACCACUCAGGAGACGAGGCUUGUGCUGCUGAGGCUUUGGACUGGCAUGGGAAGGUCGAUCUCGACAAGAUUGAUCCCUCUUGUGUCUUCUUUCGGCAUCGCCAAUCCAGGGUAGUGCACAUCACUGCCGACGAAGCCGGUGCCAACCUGGGCUGCGGUAGGACCAUUUCGGGUCAGUACAGGAAGCUGGAGGCGCGACCCGCAAUUUUGCAUCCAAGGUGCAAGCAGUGCUUCAGGAAGUACUUGAUUGUGCAGCAGGGCACAUGA